AUGACCCAAUGGCUACUUGGUCCGAGUCUUGUCGAUCGUAUGUUUGUCGCUACAGGUGGCAGUUGCCAUUUCGAUAAUAUGGCCACCAGCUCCUCGACACCAACGACAGCGACAAAGCUGGUAUCACAGCAAGCCACGUGUCGGGCCACGGGUGGAUCAUGGCAUGGCGGUCACGACGUCUCCGGUCACUGCGUCCUUUUAAUACACGCCAGUUUAUUUCUGUGGGAGGAAGCGAUGCGCCAAUCUGAUAGACGGAAACGGAUAUUUGCGCUGGCGUUGCUAGGAUUGUGGUACUGGAUGCUGGCCAUGACAAGCGUUUAUUUCCACGGCUACCGCGAGCUCUUAUCAGGCGCGUUUUUUGGUGUUCUUGGAUGGGCAAUUGUGUACCUUGGAUUGGUGCCGCAUUGCCGCGCAUUGUCUUAUUGA